AUGUCUACCAAGAAGGCAAAUGAAAACAAGAAAGACACAAACACACAAACUGAUGUGCGUCUAAGUAACAUCACCUCUGCCAAAGCUGUGGCGGAUUGUAUUCGCACUUCUCUCGGCCCUCGAGGCAUGGAUAAGAUGAUUAUUGAACCUCGCGGUGAGGUAAUCAUCAGUAACGAUGGUGCGACGAUCCUUUCCAAACUGCAGGUAACUCACCCGUGUGCCAAGAUGUUGGUGGAACUUUCCAAAGCACAGGAUGUGGAGGCGGGAGACGGGACUACAAGUGUUGUAGUGCUCUGUGGCGCUCUGCUACGUGCUGUGGAGGAACUGCUGUUGAAGGGAAUUCAUCCGACGCAGAUAUCCGAGUGUUUCAACGAAUGUGCUAAAUUAGCUGAACAGGUGUUGGAAGGGAUGAGCGUGAAAAUUGACAUCAACGACAGGGAGACGCUCAUUAGGGCCGCCAUCACGUCGCUAAACUCAAAAAUCAUUUCGCAGAAUAGCGAUUUGAUAGCCCCAAUGGCUGUGGAUGCGGUGAGGCAAAUAAUGAGGGAUAACGGCGACGUGGAUUUGCGAGAUGUGCGCAUCGUGACGGCCCUCGGAGGGACAAUCGACGAGUCGGUAAUGCUUUCGAACGGUAUGGUGUUCAAGCAGAAGGCGUCCCACGUCGCCGGUGGUCCAGUGCGCAUUGCAAACGCCACAAUAGCCCUUAUUCAGUUUCAGCUUUCGCCACCCAAGACGGACAUGGAGAGUACUGUUACUAUCAGCGACUACAACCAGAUGGAUCGGGCGUUAAAGGAGGAACGAAAGUACCUUCUGAACCUUUGCAAACAGAUUAAGGAUGCAGGUGUAAAUGUGCUGCUGGUGCAAAAAUCCGUUCUUCGUGACGCUGUGACCGUGCAGAGUCUCGACUUCCUCGCCAAGAUGAAGAUCAUGGUGGUAAAGGACGUUGAGCGCAGCGACAUCGACUUUAUUACCAAAACGAUCGGGUGCCUCCCUGUGGCGAACAUAGAGAACUUGAAGCCGGAGAAAUUUGGCCAUGCAGAUCUUGUGGUAGAGGAAAACACCCCGAGCGGAAAGAUUAUCCGAAUCACGGGGGUGCAGCCUCCGUCGGAGAAGAUUAACCUGCAGCUCUUUGGAAAAACUGUUACUUUUUUCUUACGCGGAAGCAAUAACCUGAUGCUGGAGGAGGCUGAGCGUGCGCUACAUGAUUCGCUUUGUGUGAUCCGUUCCAUCGUGAAGAAGCGCGCCAUUGUAGCUGGUGGUGCCGCUGGCGAAACUGAGGUGUGCCUUCAACUCAGCAAAUACGCACGGGAGCGCGCUCAGGGUAUGCAAACCUUUUGCAUGCGUGCCUUCGCAGAUGCUUUCGAGGUUGUCCCAUACACACUAGCCGAAAAUGCCGGCCUUCAGCCUAUUUCUAUCGUAACGGAGCUCCGCAAUGCGCAUGCCAGUGGAAACAAGAACGCUGGUGUUAACGUACGAAAAGGUUGUGUGACAGAUAUGGUGGAGGAGAAUGUCGUGCAGCCGCUACUGGUGUCGACGUCGGCUGUCAGGCUCGCUGCGGAAUGUGUGAUGAUGAUCCUCAAGAUCGACGACAUCAUCAUGACACGGGCGUAA